AUCUUUGAUUCCUUAUAGUCAGCGGAAUAUGCAGGGAGUGUGUUCAGCAGCAGCAGCGAUGGCAGUGGAGCUUUACUUGGACCUUCUCUCUCAGCCCUGCCGCUCAGUUCUGAUCUUCGCGAAGAAGAACAACAUUCCCCAUGAAGUGAAGCAGGUCUCUCUGAUGGACGGUGAGCAGCAUAGAGAGGACUUUGGAAAGGUAAGCCUGAUAAGAAAAGUCCCUGCUCUGCAAGAUGGAGACUUCUGCCUGGCUGAAAGCCCUGCCAUCCUGCUGUAUCUGGCGCGGAAGUUUAAGACUCCGGACCACUGGUACCCAGCUGACCUACAGCAGUGCGCUCGCAUCGACGAGUAUCUGUCAUGGCAGCACUGCGCCAUCCGUCUGCAUGGAUCCAAGGUGUUCUGGCUCAAGCUGAUGAUUCCCGAGGUUCUGCACGUGGAGGUCCCGAAGGAGAAGAUGGACGCAGCCGUGGAGGAGCUGAACGGCUCGCUGAAACUCCUGGAGGAGAAGUUUCUGCAGGACAGGCCCUUCAUCGCAGGAGACCACAUCUCACUGGCCGACCUGGUCGCCAUUGUGGAGGUCAUGCAGCCUGUAGCCGCCGGCCUGGAUGUGUUUGGAGGGAGACCCAAGCUGAGCGCAUGGCGGGACAGAGUGCAGGCUGCCAUUGGAAAGGAGCUGUUUGAUGAAGUCCACCAGACCGUCAUGGGAUCCCAGGAGAGGGUGAAAGUGAUGGACGGCAGCAAGUUGGAGUUCUCCAAGGCCAAGAUCCUCAAAUUUUUCAUGUGAAGAGGACAACACUGCUUCAGUUACUGAUAGACUGCAUUCAUACUAGAUACACGGUAGCAAUUUAAAAUGCAUGCAUAAAGAAUGUUGUGUGAAGCCUGUUGAGGCAAAUGUGUACUUUGUGCUAUCUGGCUGUAUAAAUAAAGCUGGAAUUGAAUUAAAA